ACAAACAUUCACAACAACACACGCUUGCCUGCAAUCGUUAUCGACAACAGCCACACAUACGUAUCUGAAUACCUCCACCGAUCUAUCCCCACAUCUUCUACACACACAUUCACAAUGGCCGCCGCUUCACCGCUUCCUACCGAGCAGCUCCAGCACAUCGCCAGCAGCGCCUGCGAACAAGCCAUCGGCACAGCAGAGCUCUACGACCACUCCAAGGUCGCCGACUGGAACACUGCCAUCAUUCAAAACAUCCUUAAAUCCCUCAUCGACGCCACAACAGUAAAGACCGAGGGCGGUGAGCCCAGCCAACCAGCCUACAAGUACAUCGCCAACAGCACCGUCAUCCAGCACAUUGGCUCUCCCUCAGAACCCGAGAAGCAUGGCCGCCGCGGCAUGCACAGCGCAGUCGGCGCCUACUGGAACAACGAGAAGGACGGGACAUACAGCUACAAGUGGGAGGCCGCUGAGAAGAAGGGCAUGGAUAUUGUCAUUACAAUUACCUGGAUCGCCAUAUAGAGUAUGAGCGAGGGCGAUGGCAGGAUUAGGGGGACCCUGAAGCUUGUCAACGAGCCUGGGAGGACGGCCUCACAGCUUAGUCUUGGAGGGAGGCUUGAUUACAUGGUGCGCACCAUGGAGUUACAGAAUCAGGCGAGGGAGCUGGGUGAGCUCCUGGAUGGGUAUAGGAAGAAGGUCCGUCGUGAGGCUGGGAUCAAGUAAUCUGUAUAAAGGCGUUUGGUAGCAUGUUUAUAAGCCAGCGAAUUCAUACAUCCG